CCCAGGCCCGAGCAGGCGGUGCCGGACUGCGACGCCUCGAGGCCUUGAACGCACCGUCCGGAUCAGCCAGGUCCCGGCAGCUGGGGUCUCCCCUCAGCCUUUGAGCGGCCAUGUCCAACCCCAGCGCCCCCCCUCCCUAUGAAGACCGCAAUCCCCUCUAUCCUCCGCCUCAUGGGGGCUACGGGCAGCCUUCUGUCCUGCCUGGCGGGUACCCUGCCUACCCUGCCUACCCACAGCCUGGCUUUGGUCACCCUGGUGGCUACCCACAACCUAUGCCCCCCAUCCACCCGAUGCCCAUGCACUAUGGCCCGGGCUAUGAUGUCGAGGAGAGAGCAGUGAGUGACAGCUUCGGAGGUGGAGAAUGGGAUGACAGGAAAGUCCGACACACCUUCAUUCGAAAGGUUUACAGCAUCAUCUCCGUCCAGCUGCUCAUCACAGUGGCCAUCAUCGCUGUCUUCACCUUUGUGAAGCCAGUUGGCGAGUUUGUGAGGAGAAAUGUGGCUAUCUACUACGUGUCCUAUGGUGUCUUCCUGGCUACCUACCUGACCCUUCUCUGCUGCCAGGGACCCAGACGCCGUUUCCCAUGGAACAUCAUCCUGCUGACCAUCUUUACUCUUGCCAUGGGCUUCAUGACCGGCACCAUUUCCAGUAUGUAUCAAACCAAAGCCGUCAUUCUUGCAAUGAUCAUCACUGCUGUGGUGUCCAUUUCAGUCACCAUCUUCUGCUUCCAGACCAAGGUGGACUUCACCUCGUGUACAGGCCUCUUCUGUGUCCUGGGAAUUGUGAUGACAGUGACUGGGAUUGUCACUGCCAUUGUGCUGUCCUUCAAAUAUAUUUACUGGCUGCAUAUGCUCUAUGCUGCUCUGGGGGCCAUAGGCUUCACCUUGUUCCUGGCUUACGACACGCAGCUGGUCCUGGGGAACCGGAAGCACACCAUCAGCCCAGAGGACUACAUCACUGGCGCCCUGCAGAUCUACACGGACAUCAUCUAUAUCUUCACCUUUGUGCUGCAGCUGUUGCGGAGUUGGGAUUAAAGAGCAUCCCCGGUUCUGCUCCACCCGUGGCUCUCCCAUCUCUAGAGGGCUGGGCCACAGACCCCUUUCCUUCCCCUCAAGUAAUAUACCCAGUAUCCUUUCUGUCCUGGGGUGCAUGGCCUCUCUAGCUGUAGAUGUGUGGGUACCACCUGGUGGGGCUGGAGGAACUGGGGACUAACUCUUGCCCUUGAUGGACUUGGCAAGGACUAGGCUGAAGAUGUGCCUUCUCCCUUCACCCACUGUGUGGCACCAAAUUCUUAUCUGCGGGGGUUAGAGGCAGAAAGGAUGAAAAGAGCUUAUUUUGUAACUAAGAGGGACUAUGGAGUGAGAAGUGACUUCAAGGUAUGAGGUUCCCUCUCCCACCUUUGCCACAGGCUUCUGGGCUAGGUAGCUGGAGCUCGUCCUCCCUCAACCCCUAACAGCCAAAGAGUUUUGUCCCUAGCCUGCUGGACUCUUAGGCCAUUAUUCUGUAUUCCUUUGGCAAACCUUGUCACUUCCCAGCUCGGAGGUAUAAGAGAUCUGUGCCGUGGGUCCCCCUGCUUCCAAUUCUCUUUUGACUACAUGUCUAUCUGUGUUGGGGGUGGGGGAGGAAGAGGAGAGCAAGUAAAGUCAAGCACAGGGGCCAGUACAGAGCAGCAUCUACCCUGGACUUCCUCAAGGCUGUGGUGGUGGUGGACAGCAGGCCCAUUUGCAGCCAUCUGGUCCCCAUGCUCCAAAGCUGCCUGGAGGGCCUCCCUGGUGCUUGAGAUCUCUGGCCAGAGGGACCCCUUGCUUUCCAUGCUCAGGCUGCUCAAGGCAGAAAGUGAGGGGCAACGGUCAGGUGACGGGGUGGUUUGUAGGAUCAUAAGCGUGGCCAGGAAGUGAAGAUGAAGAAAUUGGGU